AUUGAAAUUUAAUAUUCAUAUAGUGAUGCAUGUAAUUAGUUGCCAUAUUUCAAUCACUUGAAAUUCCAAAUGAAAAAAAAAAAAUUGUUCUAUAAGUUUGUACUACAAUGUCAUUGAUUUCUAAGGAGAUAGAAACAUAAAUUUAGAUGAUAAUUCUCAAGCUUUCAUCUUAUAUUGUUGGAUCGUUCUGAGUCAGUGAUAUUUGACCUGAGUGGUCUCACGGUGUUCUAACAAACUUUAACAACUUCAUUGAAAUGAGGUUGGAGAAAAAACAUACAAUGCAAGUGUUACUAAAGAAAAUUGACUUCAUAAAGUGUCACUAAAAACUUUCAACUAUUUUCUUAAGACACCUAGACUUUUGAUCAACCAAAAAUCAACACGUGUCAAUUUUAUGCUUGUGAAUAUAUUCCAUACAAUUAUUUUCUUAGUAUAAAUAAUAACCUUUAGCUUCAUAAUACUCUUAUAGACUAUAUGCUAUUUUGCUUUGAAUUCUAAAAAUCAGUUCAAAUUAAUCUCCUUAAUUUAUCUCCACAAUAUCAAAAUUCUUAAUUAAUUUAGCCAUUUUAUAUUUUCAUUUCACAGAUACACUUCAUCAAUUUGAAGCAACUUGUAUGAUUUAACAUUGGUACAAACAUUGUUAUUUCAUUCUCAAAAUUCAUAAACUUAAGAAAAACUCAUCAUGAGUCUCAUUCAUAGUUUUUUUAUCCUAUGGAUUACAAUGAUAUUUUUCAUCCAUAAUUUUGAUAAUGUGGAAGGAAGAUACCAUCAUCACAAGAAAGGGAAGAAAACUUCCCCUGCACCAAGUGACCCAUCACCACCUUCUUACAAUCCUCCUCCUUCUCCUCCUACUCCUAGUGUUCCUUCUGAUCCUUAUCCAUAUCCAAAUGAUCCCGGAGAAUCUCCUUCGGAUUGCAUUUUCGAUGUAAGAUCGUUUGGAGCAGUCGGAGAUGGUGAAGCCGAUGACACGGAAGCAUUUAGAGCGGCAUGGAAAGCAGCUUGUGCAGUUGAUUCAGGAGUACUUUUAGCUCCUGAAAACAAUUGUUUUAAAAUCACUUCUACUAUCUUUUCUGGUCCAUGCAAACCAGGACUAGUUUUUCAGAUUGAUGGUACUUUGAUGGCACCAGAUGGACCAGAUUGUUGGCCUGAGGCAGAUAGUAAAAAUCAAUGGCUUGUGUUUUAUAGAUUAGAUCAAAUGACCUUAAAUGGGACAGGAAUCAUUGAAGGCAAUGGAGAACAAUGGUGGGAUCUUCCUUGCAAACCUCAUAGGAGUCCAAGUGGAAAUACUAUAUCAGGACCAUGUGAUAGUCCCACAAUGAUAAGGUUCUUCAUGAGCUCCAAUUUGGUGUUAAGAGGGUUGAAAAUACAAAAUAGUCCUCAAUUCCAUGUGAAAUUUGAUGGUUGUCAAGGAGUAUUAAUUGAUGAAUUAUCAAUUUCUGCACCUAAACUUAGUCCUAAUACUGAUGGAAUCCACUUAGGAAACACAAAGGAUGUUGGGAUUUAUAAUUCAGUGAUAAGCAAUGGUGAUGAUUGUAUUUCAAUUGGUCCUGGUUGUUCAGAUGUGAAUGUGGAUGGUGUUACUUGUGCUCCUACCCACGGAAUUAGCAUUGGAAGCCUUGGAGUACACAAUUCCCAUGCAUGUGUCUCAAACCUAACAGUUCGCAACUCGAUCAUAAAAGAAUCAGACAAUGGACUAAGAAUCAAAACAUGGCAAGGAGGAACAGGAUCAGUAACAGGUUUAACAUUUGACAACAUUCAAAUGGAAAAUGUCAGAAACUGCAUCAACAUAGACCAAUUCUAUUGCUUAUCAAAAGAGUGUAUGAAUCAAACAUCAGCAGUAUAUGUAAACAAUGUGUCCUACAGAAAAAUUAAGGGUACUUAUGAUGUUAGAACACCACCUAUACAUUUUGCUUGUAGUGACACUGUUGCUUGCACAAACAUAACACUCUCUGAGAUUGAACUUUUACCUUAUGAAGGUGAAUUAGUUGAUGACCCUUUUUGUUGGAAUGCUUAUGGAAGACAAGAGACUUUAACUAUACCUCCACUUGAUUGUUUAAGGGAAGGUGAACCUGAGACUGUUGUGGAGUUAUCUGAAUAUGAAUGCAAUAAUUGAGAUAUUGCUUUAAUUAAAUUGUGUAUGUAACUAUGUAAGGUAUAUUAUAUGAUAAUAUAGGUUAUGUUUGGUAUCACGGUGAAUAUGCCAGAAUCACGAUGAUUUAGUGUGAUUUUGCAGAAUCACGACCCCAAACAUAGGCAUAGUAUAGGUAUAGAGACAAUGUUUAUUGUGUUUGUGGUUUUGUAUUGUGUAUUAUGUUACUUAGGAUUCGUCCCUAUUUGGGGUAUUCUCAUAUUGUGUGAUGGGUUUUAAGAUAUAGAAUUUAGUCUAGUUUUUGGGACUUAAAUUGUAAUAACUUGAUUGGUUUUUAAUAUAUAUCAGGUUUCAAAUA